CCAAAUUAGAGUGCGAUCUGUUUAUCCGCCCAUCCUUCACCAUUAUGAUGUUUGACCAUGACUUUGAUCUUUACACCUUGUGUAAUAUUAGACCCGUCCGGUGCUAAGUAACCAGAGAGCAAUAAAACGCACAAUGCGCCUACUGGGAAGAUUUGGUUGGACCGGAUACGUUGCAAUGGCUGCGAGUAUUGAGAAGUCUGUGCUUCAUGUCCCAAGUUUAGAGGAGCUUUGUGAAGUGCUGCAAGAUGGGUUGAAGAGAAACUUUGCGGAGGUUCAGGUGUCUGUGGUGGACUGCCCAGAUCUUACACAGGAACCCUUCAUUUUUGCUGCUGCAGGUCUAUGUGGAAAUCCCCGAGUAGCAGAUGUGGGUGGAGUUUCUCACCUCUUGCCCCUUCCACAAACUGAUAAGAUCUAUAAUCUCAAUACUAUCGCUAAAGAAGUAGAACUGCCUGGUGCCUUCGUCCUUGGAGCAGGUGCAGCAUCAUUUAAAGCUGUUGGUGUGAAUGCAGAGCUUAUGCCCAAUGUCUUUACCAGAGGAAAUGGCAAACCUGAGGUGAAUCACAGUUACAGUGCCAAAAUAGACCCAGCCACUGGUGGAUUUAUCCUGGAGAAAUAUGGUGAAAAGUAUAAGACCUGUGAUUUUGCAUUACUGGCUAACCUGUACAUUAGUGAGGGGAGACCUGGAAAGGUUGUUGAAGUAAGGAGCUGCAGAAGAACAGGAGAGAGUAACUUCGUGAGCUGCAUGCGGGAAACACUUGCAAAACGUUUUGGAGAUAAACCUGUAGCGAUGGGAGGGACUUUCCUCAUUCAAAAAGGAAAAGCCAAGAUUCAUGUUAUGCCCGAUUUUUCUCCCUGUCCUCUGAACAGUGACGAGGAACUAAACAAUUGGCUGAAAUUCUUUGACAUGGGUGCUCCCCUCAUCUGCCAAUCAGUGUUUGUGUCUCACGACCUGGGAUUUGAUCUUCGGGUUGAACAUACCCAUUGCUUCAGCCACCAUGGAGAGGGUGGGCACUACCACUAUGACACCACCCCGGACACUGUGGAAUACCUGGGCUAUUUCCUGCCAGCAGACUACCUUUAUCGCAUUGAUCGACCAAAGAAAACUUAAAUUGGACAUGAUUAGGAACAUUUUUAGCCAAUCAUUUUGAAAUUAUGAAAACGUUUUCAGUUCCCAGAUUGAACUGAAUGUUGAAACAUCCAUGCUGUUGUAAUGAUUUUCAUGAAGUGUAAUGAUAAGGAUUUCAGUUACAUGUAAAGAUGAGUGUAAUAAAUUUCCCCAUUAUGUUAGGUUUAGUGUGAAAAGAUAAUUAUGCCGUUUAUGGUUCAUUUGGAUUGUCUGGUAAGUGAAUAUAAAAUGUGUGAAUCUUGGCUGAAAUAUUGGUGAUUACAGGGUUUUCAGUGGCAAUGAAACGAAUUUGAAGUCGUUAUUGUGGUCUAUUUUUUUUCAAUAGUUUAAUGGUAAAUGCAGGUUAUGUAGGUCUAGGCACAAAGAUGGAUCGUUGAUUGACAUGGUGUCUAAUUUGUAUGGAAUACUGUUCAGAAUUGUGUAGAAAAUUGCAGUUGUAUGAAAUCAAUGUAAGUGCUCCAGCUGAAGUGAAUACUUAAAGACCUUUUCACAAUUUAUGGCUCAGAAUUAAGAUCCAAUCAUUUAGAGCCUCCAGUAUCCAAUAUUUGUGAAUAAAAACGUGCAGUAGUUAGGAUCAAUGUUUUAUUCUUAAUAUGUGGUUAGCUUUUGUUACAAAUGAUUUUUAGAGUCAUUUUGAAGAAAUAUUGGAAAAUUUGAUAGUCCAAGAUGAAAUAAUUAGUACAGAUUUUGAUAGGAAAAUCUAAUAUUGAUUAUUUGUGAAUAAUGUUUUUGUUAAUUAAAUAGAAAAAAAAACUAAUUUACCUUCCAAUUCACAGUCAGAGAGUUUUGUAAAUUGCUUAGCAAUUUCGAAUUAGAACCAACAUAAUUGUGAUCACUUUUUGGAGGGUUGAUGAUACAUGUUGAUUUGUUGGAGGUGGACCACAUUGAGGGGCAUGGGAACAGAGUUCUAAAUCUAUAAUGAUGCCACACAAAUAUUACUUUAGUGAUGUAAUUGUAAAACUAGGGCCGUGGAAUGACACUGACGAAAUGUGAAAGAAAUUCCUGACAAUUGAGUCAUUUAAGUUACAAAGAUAGGGAAGUGAGAAGAACAGAGAGGAAUAAAUAAUAUAAUAACAGCAGGGAGAAUUUUAUCAACACAGAUCUAAAGAUAUUGCAAAUUUGUGUUCUUGCAACCUGCAGAUGUUGGACAGAAUAAGUCAAGACUAAGAGAUAAUAGAAUUAUUUUCCACCUUCUGAGAAAGCUGUCUUUAGUAUUUGGGAAUCAAAG